AUGAUGCCAAAAAAAUCGAAAGCUUCACCUAUAGCCGCACAAACAACACAACGCGUUUUUUUAUACAUGCAACCGCAGACCAUAUCUUAUCCGAUACCGGAAGAUGAAAACACGUACAUUGAGAUAGAAUUGGAACAUGCAAAGUGUACCAUUACACAACUGCGUGACCAUUAUACUCCAGAGAAUAAAAUUCACUUGAGAACAUUUGAAGAAGAAAGGCCGACAUUUAGUGUCACUAUUGAGAGAGACAGCUAUGACGACGUUGAGGCGUUUAGUGAUGCGCCACUUAAGUUAACCCUGUACGAGCAUUAUAUACCGGAGCUUUCUUUAUCUGAAGGCACUGUAAUUCAUCCACCACAUCGAAAGAUGGAAGACAGAUGGCCGUUGGCUCAAGGCUACAUUGACAUGAUGCAAUUCUUCAUCAAAUGGCGUUAUAAGAAAAGUAUAGACGUCUUUCUAUAUCCUAUUACGCCGUCCCAACAAUCCAGAACAUGCAAAAUGUCAUGGGACAUAUAUGCAUUGACGCCAAUCGUUAAAAAUCUUACAUGUUCCAAUGCCAUCUUUAUUACGUUCAUGUCUUUACAGAACGUAGAGGAAAGUUUAUUAGACGACUGUGAUGAUUUAGUGGCCACAAUAUCUUUGCAAUCUAAGGAGCCUAUGGAAUACUCAUCAGAAUAUCGCAAAGUGUUUAUUUGCAAGCAUACAGCUUUCGCCAAAAAACUAGUUUCCGAUACUACUACGGGUUGCCAAUGGGAAAGUUUGAAAGAUUCAAUUCUACAAAAUUACAAUUGUGUCGGCAUUAACUCUGAUAUAAAACUUAAUUUAUUUGGUACAAUUUUCAAAUUAAUCGCUGCCGAAGACAGCGAAUUUAGUUUCCCUGACCUAGAAGUAAAUGUUGACUAUAAUCUUGUUUGCAAUUCAAUGCACAGAUACGUUUUAACAGAUAGUAUGCAUAAACAGUUGGAGCAGCAUGUGGCUAAAGACAAUCUACAUCUCAUAGUAGAAAUUUUUAGAGAAUCAAAUCCAACCAAUGUAUUAUUACAAGGUUUUAUUGACUUGGCAAUAUUUAUGUAUCCAAAAGUCAAUAAUUGUUCAUUUGCUGUUAAAAUGACACCGCCACCUAAUUACCGCCGCUCUAGUUCGAUUAUUGAAACAAUGUCGUUAGUGCGUUCAAGUCUUUCAAACGCAACCCCCGUGUUUGCCGUUAUUAGAAUAUGUAUAAAAACGCCAAUAACGGAGCCAUGCAGAGAUUUUUUCGCCAGCGAGUUGACAGAUACCAUUUAUAGAAAUUGUUGGCAGACCAAAGGUACAAAAGAGGCCUUACGUGCUAACGAUGAAAGUUACGAGAAGAGCUACAGGCAAUUCGAUAAUACAAUAUGUGACUUGAUUGAUUACAUUGUUACAAAUAACUUAUAUAACACUAAAGACCGCAAUUAUUUUCAAGGACAAAUUUUGAACAUGGCGAAUCAUGUGUUACCUCUACUGGCGUGCGAUUUUAAUAUACGAUAUCCAACUAAAACGAGUAUAGAAUUUGCGAAUCUAAUGACAACGGUAUAUGAGGAAUUAGUGAAACGUGCUCACAAUUUGCUCACUAAAGAUAAUGAAAUCAAAAAUAUAACUUGUACCGACAUCCAGCAAAAUAUGAUAUUUCGUAUGAAUUUGGCGAAGCUCAUGUACGAAGUGGAUAAUUGCGAUAUGAGUGAAUAUCUUUUUGAUCAGUUGGAACAGGACUAUGGUAACAACUCAUUAUUCCGAUUCUAUAAAUUCAUUUCCGACAUUGAGAUGGCUAAGUACGAUUCUGCUAGAAAAUAUUUAGAAUUACCUUAUUUGAAAAGAGAUAUGGGAGGAGAAUUGUUUACCCCAAUUAUUGAAAUCUAUAUAAAUUAUAGAGAAGAUUUAAAUUCAGAGAAGCAGACAGCGGAUGAAAAUCUACUGAUUGCUUUAAACGAAUUCUGUGAAAACACUCAACCCAAAAGUCAAAUAGGAUGGAUACUAUUAUUUUGCGUAUACAAAAGGUAUAAAUAUCGUCCAGGCAUGGAGUACAGUCGCUGGAAGUACAAAAAUCUUUUCAAAAAUGUCAGUCUAAAGAUCAAAUAUAUGCCAAGAAGCCGUUGGAUUAUGUUUAACAGUUUUACACCAAACUUAACAUCGCCGAAGGGACAAUAUUUCUGGAGAGCAAUAGAGGUUCUUUUAGAAUUGGGCUUAUAUCAGUUUGCUGCUUGGAUAUUUGAUGAAAUUGCCGACGAAUGCCUAGACGUGGAAAAAUACAUUUUAGAAACGAGUUUUAUGUUCCAUUUAAGACAAGCGGAUAAGAAUUUUGUGGCUCGGCAAUUUUCUGGUGAAAAGGUUCGGAAUGGCGAAAAUUCAAAAGCCUUUGUGCACUUAAUUAAUGGACACAUCAAGUAUUUGCUUAAUCCCGAAAAUGAUAAUAGCGUAGAAGAUUAUGGUUAUAUACUGGCAUUACCGGACUUGGAUGAUACCUGUAAAUAUGAAGUAGGGAUACUUCGGUACGGUUAUCGAAUGAUUAAGUUAAAAAAGUUUAACAACGCAAUAAGGGCAUUCUACUUUUUCGGAAACGAACAACAACUACAAGUAGUAACGUGCGUAGGAAACGCCAUAGCUUUGUAUUAUACGGGUCAUUUGGAGAAAUCGAAAGAAUGGUUCAUUCAAGCAACUAAUCAUGGAAUGUAUUUCCCGGAUGUGUGGGCAUAUCUUGCAGUAAUUGAUUUAAGAUUGGGUGACUAUAUGACGGCAUUGAAGUGUUGGAAAUACGCAAGACUAAAUCCUAACACACUAAUUCAUGAAGAUAUUUUGAAGGAAUUAGAGAAACUGAGUUACGAGAAAAUCGACAUCUUUAAAUGUAUAUUAGAGGAUUGA